GGAGUUCGUCAGCAGGGUUAAAGCUGCUGAAGGGAACCAUGGAAGUGGCUGCUAAUGCUUCAUGAUCUAGGGUGGACUUACACCUAAAGUCUGGGCUUGCUGAAGGACAAAUGGUUUGAGAUGAAAUAUUUGGCUCCAUAGAUCUUGUUACCCUAACUUGGACUUUGUGGGGAUGUCCAAAGGAAUUUCUUACAGCCUUUGUAGCAAAACUAAGCUACCGGUGUGAUGGUCCAUGUUGAACACCUAUAAAGACAAGCAGAUGCCUAAAGCAGUGAAGUCUUUCAGAGGAGAUGUUUAAUAAAUGCAGCUCACUUUGACACCUCUCUCAAUAAUCAGAGAAGUGGGAAAGUUUGGGAGGAAGUUCCAAGGGGAAUCAAAAUGGCAGCCUGCUCACAGUCGAGUCCCUGUCCUACCAUCCCAUCCAAGAAGGCCAAAAACAAAGGCGCACAAAAUCUCCAGAAUCAUGAAGGUGAAUCUCAAGAAACCUCAGCUCCGUUUUUCAUCCGCAAGCUCCGUAAGGCUGCAGUGGGAACAGGUUGUGAUAUCCGUCUCAGGGUGUCAGUGUCAGGACAUCCUAAACCUUCGAUGGUAUGGUACCACAACGAUGAGCUGAUCUCCCCCUCAGAAGCUCAGGAUUCAGGAGGACUGUGGAUCCGGGACUGCCACACCAACGAUGCUGGCAUGUACACCUGUGUGGCAUCCAAUGACCUGGGAGAGGCAAGCUGUAGUGCAGUGUUGGCUGUUAUGGACCUAGGUGAAGACUCUGAGACGACAGAAGAUGAGACCACUGAACCUCAGAUGGAAACCAAGGAAGGGCCUGGGAGGCACCAAGACAAAGUCGGACGGAAAGGACCAUCRGGUGAAGGAGGACGGAUGAUGGACUAUAACCCAGAUGCUUCAGAUCGCAGGGCCACGCUCCCCGGCACCUACGACCCCGUGGUGGAGCGGGAGCUCCGGGCUUUGGGUUCUCGCCCGCCGGGGCCGCAUUUGGACCCCACAAACYCAGCAAGGCAAGCCUUCGGCGGGGGCCCCGCCGAGGGGGUGGCCCCCGUCCGUCACCUGGGCGUGGAACCUCUAAUUCGGGCGUCUCAUGCUAACCUGGCACGGCCCGUGCAGGGGUCAGAGGAAAGUGUCUCUGUCGGAAGCGACUACUAUGGGAGCAUGUUCAGCCUCUACAGAGGGAGAACAUUUUCCAUGCCCUUAUAUCCACAACUUCGUCUCCCCCCAAAUCCUCACUCCUGUAGGAACAAAACUCCUGAGAAAUCCUGGGGGUUCUCCUCUCAUGUCCUCUCAUCCUCUACCCAGCCAGCGUUAAUCAAAAACCUUGACCAAGACAAAACUGAAGACUCCGAAGCAUCUAAGACCUCUGGCACCGGCAAAGUUAUCAUGACUCCGAAGCUGGCUCGUGCCGGACCCAAGAUCUUUGACAAGGUGCGGGCCUUUGAGGAGCGAAGAAGGAGUGUGGAUCUGCCAGGAGGGGCGGCGUCCGUGGACUCGGAUGACAGCGGAAAGAAGACAGGAGGCCCCAGCAAGGAGGAGGGGAAAGUCCUGCAGGGAGUAGCCCAAAAGAGAGCAGCAUUCCAGCAGCGGGCCUCCUCACUGGAGGACAAGACCACCUACUCCCAGAGGGUUCAGAGCUACCAGAACAAGUUUGCCGAGGAGCUCCAGAGGAUCAAGAAACUUGUGGGGAAAUCGAGCCUGAAGAAGGCAUACUCCACUGAGCAGCUGUCACAGAAGGAAAGGAUCCACUCGGGGAAAAUAGAGCCCAUUCCUCAGCAUGUGGUGUGGAAGCUGGAGGCCAGGGAGCGGGCUGUGGAGGGGGAACGGGAUGGGGCACCCCGGGUUCCUGCACUGUUCCCCGGCGGACCUCUAGGCCAUCAGAGGGAGAAUCCUCGUUGGGACAAUGUGGCACASAUGGCUGGAGGCUCAUCCCGAGAAACCUUUGGGAAAAGCUUGGUUGUCAUGGAAACGGAAGCAGUUCACCAGUUGCCAGGACAACCACUGGCAACAGCAGCCAGGAAAAGUCUAAACAGUGAAACUCUUCAGAGCUCACCAGCAGAGGACAAACACACACUUCUUCCCACUUCCUUCAAGUCUUCAUCCUCCUCCAGAAAUCUGGGAACACAUUCAAACACAGACACCAAAAUGGAAAACAAAUCACAUUACGGAUCCUCAAACCCAACUGGGAAGAGAUCAUCCCCUGUGCCAUCGGUGGAACUGCCAUCCCAACAUCUGCCCAAAUCCAACCGGCCUUCGCCAGCGCUCCCUCCUGUGGUUAGCCCCUUAUUGAAGAAGAGGAGGGCUGAGGUGGGAAGGGGCCCCAUCCCUACCAUCCUGGUAGAGGACGAGCCCAUGGAGGAGGAACGACCAACAGACGACAACAAAGCCAAACACCGAACCGGAAGAAGGGAAGGUCGAGUACGCAAAAACAAGCAAGGCCAGCCAUUGUCUGCAGAGGAAGGCUCAUCUGAUGACUCCUACAUGUCUGCUGAUGAAGAACCAGGAGAGGGACCAAGGUUUGUUAAGCCUCUCCAGGACGCCACGGCAACAGCUGGUUCAGAGGUCAAACUGGACACCAUCAUCACUGGGAAGCCACCAAUUACAGUGACAUGGAGGAAGAACAACGUAGAGAUGCGCAGCAAUGCUUUUUAUACRGUCCAGACAAAAGGCRAGACGCAGACUCUGCUAAUAAAGGAGCUAAGGGCGCAUGACGCCGGAUCGUACUGUGUCACAGCUGCCAAUACGGCGGGCACCUCCUCCUGCAGAGCUACCCUCUCCAUCCAUCCGGAACCCGGUCAUGUGCAGCUUGGGAAAUCAUCUUCAACUGUGAUGGUCAGCAGUCCAGUCCAGUCAGAUGAAGAAUGUCUUAGUCCUCACGAGGAGGAGAUGGAGGUUGGAGACUCACCCUCCUUGAAUAAAGGCAUCUCUUUCAGUCAACCUCCCUCAUUUCAGGUGUCCCCUUGUGACCAGGCAGUGAUCGAGGGUCAAGAGGUUGUUAUAGAAGCAAAAAUCCGAGGGCAUCCCAAACCGAUGGUGUUAUGGCUGAAGGACAGAACGGUGGUGAAGGCAGGGGGCCGCUUUGCUGUGCGAGAAAUGGCGGACGGCACCUGUGAAAUGAGAAUCAACGCUGCUCACAGGUCAGACACAGGACUGUAUGUUUGUGAGCUCCACAGUGAGUGUGGAACCAAGCAGGUGGAGUGCAGAGUAGAGGUCAAAGCAGCUGCUCAGAUAGAGCUCAGAAUCACCAGAGCAGCUGAAGAUGUAACAGUCAAGGCAGGGGAAUCGGCCAUCUUUGAAUGCCACAUCACUGGGCCACCAGAUGUGGAGGUUGACUGGCUGUCUAAUGGAAAGCUGAUCCAGCCAGCGCUGCUCAACUGCAAGAUGCAUUUUGAUGGAAAGAGGUGCCGCCUAAUGCUGCAUUCAGUGCAUGAGGAUGACAGUGGGACAUACACCUGCAAACUGAGCACUGCCAAAGAGGAGCUGACCUCAAAUGCAAACCUAAGAGUCGCUCCAUCCAGAGAACCUCUGUUCACUCGCAAACUGGACAUCCUGGAGGUCAUCGAAGGACGCACCACACGCUUUGACUGUAAGGUGAGCGGAUCACCUGCCCCGCGAGUCACAUGGAUGCAUUUUGAGACACGAGUGGAAGAGAAUGAUAACAUUCACAUCCUUCAAGAAGGAGGUCGUCACUCACUUGUCAUCUCCCACGUUAGCAGCGACAAAGAGGGUUUCUACACCGCAAUCGCUCAGAACGUUUACGGAAAGUCCGAAAGCACUGCAGAGCUCUAUGUGCAGGAAUCACGGGCUGCCAUCUCCUCCCACAUGGCCAAGUUAGAGAAGAUGCCAUCCAUCCCUGAGGAGCCUGAGGUUCUGGAAAACGAGUUGGAAAGAAGAACCAUGCCAGAUUUUGUCAAACCUCUGGCGGAUGUGGAAGUAAUCGAAGGGAAGGAAGCCAUGCUGAAAUGCAAAGUGUCUGGCCUGCCCUACCCAACCAUCACCUGGUACCACAAUGGCAAACGGAUUGAGAGCAGCGAGGAGCGCAAAAUGACUCAGCACAGGGAUGUCCACAGCCUGGUCAUCCGGGGCGCCUGCCACACUCACGGGGGCGUCUAUAAGGCGGUCAUCUCCAACAAAGUGGGCAAGUCAGCCUGCUACGCUCACCUCUACGUUACGGAUAUUGUUCCUGACCCUCCUGAUGGUCCUCCGGUUGUUGAAGCCAUCACAGGGAAAACCAUAACCCUCUGCUGGAAGCGACCGAAGAGGCUCGACCCUUCACUGGAUGCCAGCUCGUUGCUGUUCAUGGUCCAGCAGCAGCCUCUGGGAUCUAUCCAGUGGUCUGUUGCGGCUUCUAACUUGAAGGAGACAAAUUACACUGUCACCUCCCUGUCCAAGGGAGUCCGUUAUGCCUUCAGGGUCCUGACAUCGACCGGGAAGACUCUGAGCAAACCUUCCCCCUCCACUGAUCUGGUCCAGUUGCUGGACAAAGGGCCAUAUUUAAGGAAGGCACCAGUUAUUCUGGACAAACCCGACAUUGUGUUUGUGGUGGAGAACCAACCUGCUAACGUCACUGUCACGCUGAACCAUGUACAUGCAGUGGUGACCUGGAAAAGGAGGGGAGUUGCAUUGAUUAACAGACUAGGAGUGUAUGAGAUGAGCAUGCCAGACGACGAUCAACACACCCUGAGGAUCCAGCGGGUCAGAACCUCUGACAUUGGCCAGCUGGUGGUCACCGCAAGCAACCAGUUUGGCAGCGACCUCUGCACACUGCAGCUGGCCAUGGCAGUUCUUCCUAAAUUUGAGUCUAUCAUGGAGGACGUGGAUGUGCACAUUGGGGAAACUUCACAUCUGGCUGUGGUGGUGGAGGGGAAACCAGAUCCAGAUAUUCUGUGGUUUAAGGAUGAUCUCCUUCUCUCUGAGAGCAGCCACUUCACGUUUGUGUAUGACGACCCGGAAUACUCCCUGGUCAUCCUGAGUGCCAAGCAGGAACACUCAGGCGUGUACACCUGCACCGCCAAGAACGUGGCUGGCUCCGUGUCCUGCAAGGCCGAGCUCACGGUUCACACAGAGCGAAAAGCGGCAGCCGAGCCAGUGGAAGACGAGGGGACCAUUCUGAGGAAGAUGAGGCAUUUGACGGAUUAUUAUGAUGUUCACAAGGAGAUAGGGAGGGGGGUCUUUUCCUAUGUGAAGAGAGUGACGCUGAAGUCUGAAAAGGUGGAUUUUGUGGCUAAAUUCAUCUCCGCCCGAGGAAAGAGGAAAGCUUUGGCCCUCAGGGAGAUGGAUCUGCUUUCUGAGCUGGACAACAACCACAUCCUUUAUUUUCAUGAUGCUUUUGAGAAGAAGAACAUAGUGGUGCUCAUCACAGAAWUAUGUCACGAAGAAAUGUUGGACAGGAUGGCCAAGAAAUCGACCGUCAUGGAGAAGCUGAUUCGUAGCUGUGUCCAACAGAUCUUGGAGGGGCUUAGAUAUCUGCACCAAAAAAAUAUAGCUCACCUUGAUGUAAAGCCUGAAAACAUUUUAAUGGCCAGUCCAGGAAGUGACCUCAUCCGCAUAUGUGACUUUGGGAAUGCCAUCAAAUUGGACACUUCAGAGGACUAUUACUGCAAAUACGGCACACCGGAGUACGUUGCUCCAGAGAUCAUUAAUCAAACUCCAGUUUCCAUAGCCACAGACAUAUGGCCUGUCGGAGUCAUCACUUAUCUCUGUCUGACUGGAGUGUCUCCGUUUGCCGGUGAGAAUGACAGAGCCACCGCGCUAAACAUCAGGAACUACAAUGUGGCAUUUGAGGAGGGCAUGUUUUCAGAGCUCUGCAAAGAGGCCAAAGGAUUCGUCAUCAAGCUUCUGGUGGUGGACAGGCUGAGGCCAAAUGCUAUAGAGUGCCUUCGUCAUCCUUGGUUCAAGUCACCUACAAAUAAGAGCAUUAGCACGGCUAUGCUAAAGCAGGUUAUUGCUAGAAGGUGCUGGCAGCGUACCCUUAUCAGCUAUAAAUCCAAAAUGGCAUUGAGGUCCAUCCCAGAGCUCCUCAAAGACUCCUCCAGCCAUGUUUCAAUCGCUGUUGCUCGUCAUUUGAAGGAAGGCUCCCCGUCUCCUUCUUCCUCGUCCGAUUCAGACGCAGACGUGGACGAGCUUCCGUUUAUUCCGAUGCCCCUGUCCAUGGUUUUCUCUGGAUCCAGGGUCUCACUUAAUGAGAUUCCAGGGGACGAGGAUGUCAGAUGGCCGACCGUCUAUGUUAAUAGUACAAGGACAAAGGAAAAUAUGGAUGUAGAUGGUUCUACGGCAGAGGGGAAUAAAAACAUUACAGAUGAAGUGGAAACUCAAAAUGAGGAGAGAACAGGAAAGGCUAAACGAGAAGACCUGAAAAAAGGAUCAAGCAUCAAGUCUAAUGAAGCACAGACAAGAGCCAGGAGGGCUACCAUGAGGAGAGGCAGCUCUGCUGAUUCAGCUCUGCUUCUCCACAUAGACCCAGAGGAAGGAAAUGCAAAUGAAGACUCAGGGGCAGGUACGACGAGCCUAAAAAAGGCCGGUUCUAUGGAACUGCCCAAUCGCAGCCCGAGCCCAGGGGCUACAAACUUAAGUCAGGAAGAUUAUACCUUAAAACUAGAGCUAAUGAGGCAACGGCUGCUCAGGGGAGGAAGCGUUGAUAAAAAAAUGAGCGGCCUACGGGGGCCGCUGUUUGAAACCCUUGGCAUAGAUGAGGAAAGGCAGACGGAGUCUCUUGAGAGAAGUUUGAGAAGAUCCAGAGCAGGACUCUCAACACUUACCAGAGCAGCAUCUUCUGAAAGGUCAGGAGAUGACACACCAAAGACCAAGGUUUUUUGUAAAAGUGUUUCCUUCUCACAGGGGGAUUCAGAGCCCAUGCCCCUGCACCGUAGGUUUGGAGCCCCCUUAGAGAUCCCAUCUGCUUCCACUGCUAGGACAGAAGGGAAGAAACUGCAGGAGGCUAUUUCAAUGUCUGUGCUGACUGAACAAGCAACACUGGAGUCUGAAUCAACCUCACCCAAAGAAAAAACUUCCUUUGCUCUCCCAGCAACAGAAAAAAUGGACCAAGAGCAAAACAAUUGCAAUGUGGAAGGUUCAGAUAUAGAUGAAACAACAGAGAAAAGGACCAAAGCAGAUUGUGAAACAUCUAUUAUUACUUCUAAAAUUGCUAGAGAAGAGAAAGAAAAAGAAAACAACAUGAAUGAAAAGUUUAGAGUUUCCGCACUAUCUCAAACAUCGACCAAGGGCCAAUCAAAAUCCCUUGCUGCUGCACACAAACCAAAUGACUCAAAAUCCUCAGAUACAUCUUCCUUACCUGAGCAUCCAGUUGUAUUUGCCAAAGUAGCAACAGGAGACAGACCUGCUGGUUCUUCUUCCUCGUCUUCAAACCCCGAUCUUACCAUCAUCCCUCGGCAACCCGUUCUCAGAACAGACAUCAAAGACAUUGAUUCAUUGGAAGUCUUUGAGGCCAAGUUUAAGAAGCGUGAGUCAUCCUUAACCCGUGGCCUCCGCAAACUGACCAGAAACAAGUCUGAGGAGAAAUCUCCGGUGUUGAGCCGAAAGACUGGUGAAGGGGGUGAGGACAUUUACAGGCCAGGACCGAGAGGGGGGCCACUUGAAAUAGCAUCUAAGGGAAUUCCAGAGAAAUCUAAAUCUGUCCAAGACUUAAGAGAGGUAGAUCAGGAAACAGGCCUUAGUCUGAUCGAGAGGUUUUCAUUGAAAGGCAAGAGGUCAACAUCUACUGAGAAAAAGGAGGAAAAGCAACCAAAUGUACAAGAAACUGCUGUAAGUAAGAGGGUUUCAUGGGCUAUUGGUCGUAGUAAGUCUCUGGACACAAAGGAUCUGGAUGCUGCUGGAGCAAGGAAGCAGUCUGAAGAGCGACAAUCCGGGAAAGCUGAGGAGUCCUCGGUUUCUGCCAUGAGACGAAAGUUUGAGUCCAAAGUGGCAGGAAUCUCUGCAAAAUUUAGGAGCCAAUCAGAGGAGAGGAAGGCUAAAGAGACUGGAGGUAGUCAGAAAGACCUUGAGCAAAGGGAUCUCAACAAGGUCUCAGAAUCCCCUGUUCUUGCAAUAUGUCACAAGUUUGAGAACAAAGUGGCGGGAAUAUCCUCAAAAAUCCGCAGUCAGUCAGAAGAAAGGAAAGUAGAUGGAGAGGGUAGGAACACACCUCUGUUUGCUCGGCACCGUCAUUCCCACUCUGAAGGUCGUGGACUCAAAGGGAUGGGUAUCCCUGAAAAUCAGCUGGCAAAACAAACCGGUGCUGCUGCAUCGAAGGAAUCCAUUGAGUCCACCUCCAGCAUCCAUUCUGAUAAAGCCUUGGAGAGUGACAGACGGUCGCGGUGGGACCGGUGGGGCUUAACCAGGACCAGGAGAGACAAAACUCCCUCCCAGUCUGACUUACCCUCAACUGCACCCAAAGAGGAAGGUCUCACAAAAAGCCAGCAGUUCAUCCGCUCUGCUUCUGAUUUUGCUCCGGUGUUCCACAUCAAACUAAAGGACCAUGUCCUAUUAGAGUGGGAAGCUGUGACUCUGAGUUGCCUUCCAGCUGGCAGUCCACACCCAGAGAUUACCUGGAUGAAGGAUCGGAAACUGUUAGAGGUGACAGACAACCGGAUCAAGCUGCUGAACCACCCAGAUGGCAGGCAGCUUCUUACCAUUCAGAAGUGCAGCCACAGAGACGCUGGWGUGUACGAAUGCGUCGCUGCCAACCCAAUCGCUACUGUCACCACCUCCUGCACGCUUUCUAUAGCUUGUAAGUGGUUUCUGUUUUCCCAAACAUGCCAACACUCCCAUCUAGUGGCCAUAAUGUUAACUACAAUAUGUUCUCUUAGCUUGAUCUUGUUCAUUAAUCUUUUGUGUGUCGUAAUGCUGAACUCGUGCAGCAUGCUUCAUUACUGUAAGUUUUUUUUUWAAAUAAAUCUUUUGUGUUUUUCUGUAGCUGAUUCUAACUGGGUAACUGUGGCCACUGGGAUAGCUGACUGUUACUACAAUGUCACUGACCUUCCACCAGGGGGGGCCAUUAGAUUCAGAGUCUCCUGCGUCAACAGGGCAGGACAAGGUCCUCACAGUAACUGCUCUGUUCCAGUCAUCCUGGACUCAACAGAAGGAGGAGCUUCACCUGCAGUUGCUGUAGUAAARACAGUCCCAACUCCACCUGAACCAGCGCUGAAACCUAACCCAGAUGUCAGAGUCACUCCCACCUUCUCAACCUUUCCUCCUCCUCCAUCUGCCCUGACCUCUGACCCUUCCAUGGGUUUUCCAUCACCGUCUGCUAGCAUAAGCCCAGAGGAAAAGCAAAGCAGUGCUCUGCCUUCCUCCGGCACAGUCAAAGCCUCUCCGCCCUUCAUCUUGUUCAAGCCCCAGAGUCCGAUAAACGUGGUGACCCCUAUGGCCCAGAUUCCGCCUCCUCUUGUAAGCCCGCUCUCUACCCCUACCAAACCUUUGGUUGCAUCCGUACCCAGCUAUGUCCCCAUCACCGCCGCCACGGCACACGUGGCUCCCACCCCGGUGUCUUUUUCCCCACCGGUCCUCCAGGCCUCCAGCCUGAGCCCCAUUGCAGAGGGUGCCAACACCCCGAUCAGAGGUACCCCAUCUGGACACAGCACGCCCUCUACUGCUCUGAGACAAGGAGUUCCACAGAAACCAUACACCUUCCUGGAUGAGAAGGCCAGAGGUCGGUUUGGGGUGAUCCGCGAAUGCAGGGAGAACGCCACCGGGAAGAUCUACAUAGCCAAAAUCAUUCCCUACAGCCAGGAGAGUAAGCAGAKAGUGCUGAAGGAGUACGAGAUCCUAAAGUCACUUCACAGUGAGAAGGUCAUGGCUCUCCACGAGGCCUAUGUCACACCACGGUACCUGGUGUUGGUGGCUGAGUACUGCACUGGCAAAGAGCUGCUGUUCAGCCUCGCUGACAGGUUUCGGUAUUCAGAGGAUGAUGUAGUUGGCUACCUGGUUCAAAUCCUCCAGGCGGUGGAGUACCUCCACAACCGCAGAGUCCUCCACCUAGACCUCAAGCCUGAGAACAUCCUGGUGACUAACCUUAACGUGGUUAAGAUUGUAGACUUUGGCAGUGCUCAGAGUUUCAACCCCCUCAACCUGGAACCCCAAGGCACAGGAGCAGGAACCUUGGAGUACAUGGCUCCUGAGAUGGUCAAAGGGGAAGUUGUUGGUCCUCCUGCUGACAUUUGGACUGUUGGAGUCGUCACUUACAUCAUGCUUAGUGGUCGACUGCCCUUUGAAGAUAAGAACCCUCGGCAAGUUGAAUCUAAAAUCCUGAUGGCCAAGUUUGACCCUAGCAAACUCUACCCAAAUGUUUCCCAAAGUGCCUCAGUUUUUCUCAAGAAGAUGUUGAGCAGUUAUCCAUGGGCUCGUCCAACCACACGGGACUGCUUCACCCAGGCCUGGCUGCAGGACUCGUACCUGAUGAAGCUCCGGAGGCAGACGCUCACCUUCACCUCCAGCCGACUCAAGGAGUUCCUGGUGGAGCAGGAGAGUUGCCGCACAGAGAGCGCYACCAAGCACAAGGUGCUGCUGCGCACCUAUCAAGGCUCGCCACGCAACCCAGCGUCUGGCACUAUGCCACACCUACCCAGCCCCAAGUGAACACUGGGCAGGAGYCGCCCCAACAGAACUACUGCUGACACCAAGCACCGUGGGCAKACAGUUUUACCCACACGGGAAUCCAUGUGUUACUUUGGAACAAAUAAAAACUCAACAGGAGCUGCAGACCACAGAGAAUACAUUCAACUCAUAUAAACUGUAUUAAAAGGAYAGAAAGACUUUUGGUUUUAGCCUCUUUGUCGUUUGUUAAUUCUGACUUUGUCGUUAUGCCCUACAUUUUAUAUCCAGUGGUGGGCACACUUCCAGUGGAGCUAAUUUUUCAUUCAGCCAUUUGCUAACCUAAAAAAGUACACUUAGCUUACCCUAAAUUAAUAUUUCCAAAUCAAUUCUAAAGCACUGGUUGGUUGUUUUGUAAACUUUCAGUUGAAAAACGUUUGACAUCUGCUACCAGUUCUGUUUCCUCUCAUUCUUUUUCAUUUUCUUUUUACCAAAUAACUUUAAAGCAAACAAAAAACAUACAGGAACAAAAUAAUACACAGCACAGAACAAGAUAAAAACAAAUAAAAAAUGUAACUGAAUUAUAGAACAUGGAAAUUAUGUCACAAUUAAAUUGGUUCUUGAGGGUUCUACAACCCUCUAGCUAAUGCUAAACCCCAACUUAAGUUGGUACAAGAAACAUACAGGAACAAAAUAACACGCAGCACAGAACAAGAUAAAAACAUAAAUAAAAAAUGUAACUGAAUUAUAGAACAUUAGCAUUAGCUUCCACUAAAUACAAUGUUGGUGUAGUGCAUUUGCAUUAGCAGAACUAAUCUUAAUGAUUAGGGCUUUAGGUUUAGCAUAGCUAACUUUUCAGUUAGCAGUGCCCAUYACUGUUGAAACCAAGAUGCUUUCUUUAGUAGUUUUAUCUUYAAAACCCAUUUUUGUCAUGCAGUUUGGUGGUAAUCGUCAUGCUAAUGUACCACUAUUAAAACUGCUAACUUAUUCUACAUUUUGUCUCAUUUUAAAACACCAUAAAUAUUGUUUUUCCCUUCUUUAAAAUAUGUUUACUUUUUCAUGUUAAUUUAUUUGCAUGUGUGUGCACAUUUUUGAGUCAGUUUUCAAUAUAACUGUAAGGCUAAAAAGAAAAAAAAUGUAAUAAGGAAGAUGCUUGUGAUUGAUGUUGAGUCUAAAGGGAAACUGUUUAUGGGGAAUCUGUCGUACAGCUUCUUGCUCUGUGAUCAACUCUAAAUCGUGAUCCAGCUGUGAACAGUGGAUUUUCUAUAAAGUGUAAUGUGACACUUAGUUGCCAUAGUUGGUCAGUAUUACAAGUCAGUUGAUCUGGUUGCUUAAAUCUCGGUCGUCCAGUCAGUGCCUCAGAUAAAYGUCAAAAAUGUUCAUAUUUAAUGUGUGUCUUCAUCAGCUGGUUGUAGUAUCUGGAUAUUACAAGAGGUAACUCAUCCAUAMACACAUUUAGGCAAAUAUACAUGGAGUCCUUGUAACAUUUGAAUGCCUCAUGUAUUGCUCUAUCAGUCCUUUUGUAUGACUUUGGAUGGUUCAAGAUUUGUAAAUGUACCCAGUUGUGGUGUUUAUAUGUGGAAAAAGAUGAAAAUGUUUUUAUGAGAUAGUAUGUAAUAAAAUAUUCAUACAUUUGAGAAUA